CGUCGCCAACAUCCUAGUCUAUCUACCUAGGUAGGCUCCAUACCUAGUAGAUAUCCGAGACUUAUACUUCUGCCGUUCACGCGUUGCCUUCGCGGUCCGGCCCGGCGACCGUUCCCUUGAAGGUCAAUCCCCCCCUACACGGCAAGUGUACCGCGCCUAACCUGCAUCCAACUCACCCUUUUUUUUCGGAUUCGCGCUUCUUUUUAGGGAUGGUCGUGUUUGGGCACAACCGUAGCACUACUCUCCUGUCGUCUGUCAUGUGCCCGGACGAUAGAAAGCUUUCUCGAUCGACCUCGAUCUUCACCUCCAUACCCUCCGGCUCCCUUAUUGAUCCCCAAGGAUGAAUCCCGAGAAUACCUCGACUAAUUCGAGUUCUGGUGGUCCGGCGACGCCCACUAAUAGUAGAAAGGAGCGGGGUGCCAUAGCAGCCCAGGCUUGUGAAUCUUGCAGACAACGCAAGCAAAGAUGUAGCGAAGAAAGGCCAAAGUGCGCUACUUGUCAGCGAAUGAAUCUGGAAUGCAAAUACCGAGAGCCUCAACCGACCAAGAAAGAUAAGACCCUUGUCGAGAUACUAGAGCGGCUAAAGAGUCUUGAAGGAGGACUGAGGAACCUUGACGGGAAGGUCGAUAGCCUUAAUUCUCGGGGCACCCUUCCAUUAUCUAUUUAUGGCCCCAUACAAUCCCAUCAUCCUACGACGACACUAGAUGCUAGUAGGUCCAGCGCUUGGCCUGCUACAAACAUUCAUCUUCAGCCCCAAGCAAUUUCUCCGGCCUCGCCUCGCGACGUUCAGUAUGUCUCCGCUACGCAUAAAAUGCUCUCCUGGCCCGUUAUGCAGCAGGUACUAGAGAGCCAGGUUCCGAACCUCGACUUGGCGAGUUUGGAAAAGGACGGAGCUGCCAUGUUGUUGGGUUUACAAGGCCGAGUGACGUCUCUGCCAACCAAUGUAUACGAAUCUGCGCAUCUCGGUAUCGAGGGAACGUCUUUUCCUCUGCAAGUUGCUCCCGGGAGUUCGGUCGACGGGAUGCCAACCGGGGGUAUGAGCUGGGACACGAUGCAGCGGCUAACUAAAUCGUACUUUGACACGUUUAACUUAAUAUAUCCGAUCUUGGACCGACAAGUCUUUCAAUCCGAAAUCUUGCCCACUAUUGCGAAUCAAGGCUUUGACGAUAGUAGCUCUUCGACAUUAGCAUGCUUGAUAUUCGCCCUUGGCGAAGUUGCUAUCAGUGCCAUUCAAGGCGCACCGAUUACAACGCAUAAAGGCCGAUCCAGCGGCAUUAGGGGAGGGACCGUCGAAAGGCCGCCGGGAUUAUUAUUCUUCAACGAGGCUAGGAAACGGAUGGGUUUCAACCUGACUGAGUGCAGUCUUGAGAAUGUGCAAAUGUUUUCGCUGGCGGCUAUAUAUUACGGAACGUGCUGUCAUCACUUGGAAUUCUGGCGCAUGACGACGUCAGCGUCGUUAGCGUGUCAAGCGUUGUUGACGAGUAAUCCGGAAGAACUAACGACUCAUCGAGGUGAUCUUGUUCGGAGAGCCUUCUGGCACUGUUCCAUCAUGGAAACGUGUCUGAAUAUGGAGCUGAAUAUUCCCCAGACUGGGCUCAAUAAACUGGAAGGACUGGUGGGAUUACCUGACUUCAGCGGCUCAUUCUCCGAAGAAGAUUACAUCGGAAACCAAGCUUCCCACUUCCAAGAGCAUUUCGCCUCUCAAAUAGUCCUUCGGCGACUCUCUGUGGAGUUUCAUACUACUCUAACAAAUGCUUUCGGUCCUACACAUCUUCCGGUUGAGCCGCCAAUUUCUUCGGCGGCUGCUAUGAUGAAGAACAUGGCAUCACAGUUGGACCAGUGGAGAGGGUUAUUACCUGUCUAUCUACGUUGGGAGGAAGAAAAUCCGGGUGCAUUCUCGACCCCGGCCGAGGAAUUAUAUGACGACCAAUCGAUGUAUCCGCCCCCCGUUCCGGAUCUCCAUACGAAUUUCAUGUUUUCCGCAGACCUCGACAAUCCACCAGUAACCUACCCCUAUGCUGUGGACAUACAGACUGCAAAUCUUAGGACGCGAUAUUACUACGUGAAAUAUCUUAUCUAUCGACCGUUUAUUUUUAAAGCCCUACAUCAUCCGGAGCAGGUGACGCACGACGACGCGGAAGGUGUCGCGGAAUGCUUGAAAGCCAUGUUAAAAUGGCCCAUCACGAUGUCUCCGACUUGCUUCCACAAGAGACUCAUCCCAUGCUUAUUCUUUUGGUCGCAAAAUCUCCUAGGUGUCCUCUUAAUCUUACACCUAACACAGAAAGUACCGAUCUUGUUGCGAAUAAGGACAUCACUUAUGGGGACCAAGUUCGAUCAAGACGCUAACGAAACGGCCGUGCUAUGUAUCGACUGGAUACGGGACUUGAAAGACACAGACGCAACUUCUCUGUGGUGCUGGGAGAUACUAAAGGGCGUCUACUCACUGGGGGAUGACACGUGAUCCCCCAACCUCACUUUUCUUUGUUAGCGGGUUUCUUCUUGGGUUAUAUAUAUAUCGCGCGGCAUAUGGGGGGCGGCAGUAGCAGCAAUUUGGAACGAAGAAAAACUUAACAGGAGUUUGCGAGCCGACUAUACUCCUAUAAAACUACCUACUAUAACUACUAUCUAACUUACUCAACCUAGGUCUAGAUACUUACUGGGGAGGUCGCAAAUCACCUAACAACUACCAUAUAUCACUUACAUAUAUCGAGGAUAUUUUUAACUGGCGCUAGGAGCUUGCGGAUCGUUGCAAGAAGUUUCCAAUAGAAGUAUGCGUGUGUGGGAGUGAUUUGAUAUCUGCAUUGCUGGGCGAAGGAUCCAAGGGUCGUUCUUGGGAGGGUGUGUUCUUUGUUUGUUUAGGUAUUCCCACGACGCAUUUACAGUAGACUCAACCCACCUCUUGGCUACGUUAAUUGAAUAUACCAAUGUCGGGGUCUUUCUACUUGCCUCUCCG